GGUCGACUCUAGCUACUUCAGGUGGUCUAGACGACGCCCUUUGCUGCAGGCGAGGGUUAUAAUAUGAAGGUCGUUUCCGUCUCGUGAUUUCCUCAUCGUCCACUUUCUUGCCCCUUCCCCCCUCCCCUUCCUUUCUCUCGAGGUUGUCGGAAGAUAUAGACAUCUUCCCCCCCCCCCCCAAAGCCCUUUUAUCGAGCCACCCUAUCUUCCCACGAAAGCGAAGACCAUAUAGGGGCAAGGACUCGUGAACGGAUCCGUCUUGUCGCUGCGAGAUAGCGCCGAGAUGGAGAGACUACCCGGCUUCAACGUGGCCAACUUCCUUGAGAAGCGCCAGCUUCUCAUCGCGAUCAAUUGCGUCGCAGCGCUGUCUAUCUUCUUCUUCGGCUACGACCAAGGCAUGAUGGGCGGCGUCAACAACGCCAAAGACUACAUCGACCGCAUGGGCUUCGGCUACGUGGACCCGGAGACCGGGGAGCCCGUCGUCACCGACAGCCUGCUGCAAGGCGGCAUCGUGUCCGUCUACUAUCUGGGCACCCUGUUCGGAUGUCUGGGCGGCGGCUGGGUCGGCGACAAGGUCGGCAGGAUCAAGACCAUCGCCGUAGGGGCGGCCUGGGCUAUCGUCGGAGCGUGCUUGCAGUGCUCGGCCAUGAACCACAACUGGAUGAUCUGCGCGCGCGGUGUCAACGGCAUCGGGACCGGCAUACUAAACGCCAUCGUCCCCGUCUGGGCGACGGAGACGGCAGAGCACACCUCGCGAGGGCAGUUCAUCGCGAUCGAGUUCACGCUGAACAUCUUCGGCGUCGUCGUCGCGUACUGGCUCGAGUUCGGGCUGGCGUUCGUCGACGGCGGCGCCUCGGCCUUGCGGUGGCGGCUCCCGGUCGCCUUCCAGAUCGUCCCGCUCCUCGCGCUCCUCGCGUCGGUCUGGUUUUUCCCCGAGAGCCCGCGCUGGCUCGUCAAGGCGGGCCGCGUCGAGGAGGCCCGCUUCGUCCUGCGCCGGCUGCGCGGGUCCGCCGGCGACGGCCGCCGCGGCGCCGACGCCGAGCUGCACGACAUCGCCGGCGUCGUCGCGCUCGAGGCCAAGGAGUCCCGCGCGAACUCGUACCUGCACAUGCUCUUCGGCGUCGGCUCGGGCGAGCUGCACACGGGGCGCCGCGUCCAGCUCGUCAUCUGGCUGCAGAUCAUCCAGGAGUGGGUCGGGAUCGCGGGCGUGACCGUCUACGCGCCGACCAUCUUCCGCCUCGCCGGCUUCGACGCGACCAAGAGCCAGUGGAUCAGCGGGCUCAACAACGUCUUCUACAUGUUCGCCACGCUCGUCUGCGUCUUCACUCUCGACCGCAUCGGCCGCCGCUGGACGCUGUACUGGGGCGCCGCCGCCCAGGGCGCCGCCAUGUUCCUGGCCGGCGCCUUCGCGAAGCUCGGGCAGGACGCGGGCGCGCGCGGCGACGCGGCACGCGCAAACGCGUUCGGCGCCGCCGCCGCCUCCUUCGUCUUCGUCUUCACCUCCGUCUUCGGCGCCACCUGGCUCACCGUGCCCUGGCUCUACCCGGCCGAGAUCUUCCCGCUGCAGGUCCGCGCCAAGGGCAACGCCUGGGGCGUCUUCGGCUGGAGUAUUGGUAAUGGCUGGCUCACGCUGCUGUGUCCCAUUAUGUUCUCGAACAUCGGGGCGACGACGCUGCACAUCUUCGGCGCGUGCAACAUCCUGGCGAUCCCGGUGGUCUGGGCGCUGUACCCGGAGAGCAACCAGCGGACGCUGGAGGAGAUGGACCUGCUGUUCGCGGCGCCGACGCCGUGGGUGUGGGACGCCGAGCGCACCUUCGCGCGGCUCAAGGAGGAGCAGCCCGGGCUGCUCCAGGCGGCCGCGCGCCCCGGCGAGCCCCGCCAUCGCCAUCGCCACGACGGCGACCGCGAGGCCGGCCUCGCCGUAGUGCACCGCGCCGCGUCCGCCUCGAAGCCCGAGGAGGAGAGCGGCCUCGCUGACGCCGACGGGAAGACGGAGUCGCUGUAGGGGCGCGGGCGGAUGUGAGUCGGUCGCGAUGGCUGCGGAGGAGUCGGGGCGCGGUCGCCUGACUUGCUAGGUAUUUCUAGGGCUCGUUACUAGACGAGCUCGGAGGCAGAGGCGGGAGUUGUCGUUGGCAUAU